AUGGAUUCAGACGACUCCAUGAAUCCAUAUCGUCCGACCCCAAGCUUCUUCAAUCUGUUAACCAGUCAACUUGAAACCCAAAACCUCGAAUACACUCAUUGUGAGAGUCCAUGUUCGGAGGCUCCAUCUGAACCUGCAUCUCCUCUAGAAAACCGGAAGUCAAGGAAUGCAUGGUUACCUUCUGAUGAUGUCAUGCUUAGGAUUGAGGAUUACUAUGCGGAAUGUCCGAAUGCUGAAGGUCGGCCAAAAAGAGAGGCUCAUCAUUGUAAACAGAGGUGGGGGAGGAUAAACGACUUGGUGUGCAAGUUUGUUGGUUGUUUCGAAGCUGCAACAAGAGAGAAGUCUAGUGGACAAAACGAAGAUGAUGUGAUGAAGCUAGCACACCAAAGUUACUUCAAUGAUCAGAAUCAGAGAAUUACCUUGGAGCAUGCUUGGCGAGAGUUAAGAUAUGAUCAAAAAUGGUGUGCUAGCACAUCAUCUAAAGUUAAUGGAGUGAAAAGGGGAAGGGUGGUGGGUGAGGAUGUGUCCGCACAACCUGUGGUUGAUGUCGAAGAUGAACCACAGCCCCCUCCUCCUGGUGUUAAGGCUGCAAAGGCUGCAAAGAGGAAGGCUAAACCGGCUGUGGAGGAGGAUGGAAAAGCUUUCUUGGAGUUUCAGCUGGAACGUGUUACGCGGAUGUAUGAGAUGAAGCAAGAGGAUUUCGCUAUGAAGGAGAAGGAGUUUGCUAUGAAAAAGGAACAUAGCUUACAUGUGAUGCUUGAAGCUCUCAUUGCUAAAAAGGAUUCAAUUACUAAAACUGAAAAAGCCCUUAAGGAAAAACUAAUUAAUGAUUUGAUGUCAUCGGGUUGA